AUGCAUAGAGCGGAUGUGGUGCGGCCACGGGUGGUGAAGGUCCUGCGGGCCACGCCUACGGUGCCGCCCGUGACCUGCCCCAAAGGCCUGGUGCAAGCGUUGGAGGCGAUGCAGAAAGGGGAAGGCUUGGCGGCCGCCUCGCCACGGGAGCUUCAGCCGACGUCUCCUGGCCGAAAAGACCGGUCCGUGUGGAUUGGCGCUCGCAAGCCGCGGUUGAUGAACUGGGCGCAGCUGGCGAGGCUGGAGACGGAGGAGCCCGCGGCGGAGACGGAGACGUUUCUCGCGGUGCCGGAGAACGAGGCGAGGGCGGCCCUGGCGGAGCUCGGGGAUCCAGAGCUUGGCCGCAUCUGCCGAGGGAGCGUGCCGGUGGUGCAGCAGGAGUUGGAGCGCCAAAACCUGGAGAGGGCACAGAUGAGGAAGCGCUUGUUCGAGGAGGAAGCCCAGCGGGGGCGCCAACUGGCGGCGCGCUUCCGCCAGAAGCGCGAGGCGGAGGCGGCCAAGGAGCAAACACCGCAGCCGGAGCAAGGCGUCAGGAGCUUUGCCGAGAUCCGGGAGCUCGAGCGUGCGGAACGCUCCGAACGUCUGGCCCGCGCCGCCGCAACGUGCCGGCGCGCCUCCUGCAGUGUGUCGCCGCGGGAGGAGAAGGCUGGCAAUCCCCGGGAGGAGGCCCACGAGGAUUCCGACAGCGGCCUCGGCACCUCUUCAGAGUCCGAGGGGCACGUGAUUUCAGAGCGGUCGAAGAGGCUAAGGAGGAGGAUCAGGGACGCUGCCAUCAAUGGUAUUCGUGAGAAGAAAAAGUAUGUGGACCGCAUGCAUCGUAAACGGAGGUACCGCGAGGCGUGCUGGCAGGCAUUGCCAAAACAGGAGCGGGCUGCCAUCGAGACGGUCUUCAAGCUGCACUGCGACAAGGAGUACAUGACCAUCACGGUGUCCAGCUGCCUGGACGCGCUGCGGGACCUCGGCCUGCGAGGCCGUUCCAUGAUUGAGCGCACCUACGUGGAGAAGGCCGUGUCCUCGAUCAUCAAGGAUCUCAUCAGUGUGGAGGAGCAGGGUAUCCACGGCGCCUGGGGCGCUGCCCCGAAGGGCUCCCCGCAGAUCUGGUGGCGUGCCCCCCACCAGAAUGCCCCCGUGGCUGUGCAGGCGGCACGGUCAAAGGCGGAGACGGCAAGGGACAAGCUUCCGGCUCGGAGUGCCUCCAAACGUCGCGCGAGCAGCAUUCGAUCCUCCUUGAGCCAGCAGAGGACUUCAACGACGAAAGAGGAGAAGUCCCUUGCCAAGGAGCUGGCCGCGCUGCUGCAGCAGGCCACGGUCCAUCCCACGGGCAUCCCGCUGGAGGCCUUCGGGUCCGAGGUGAUCCCCGCGGCGCGUUGGGAGCUCUUCGAGCAGAGGACGGAGCCCCAUUUCCGGCUUUUUGUCAAGGAGAUGGAAGCAUCCAGAAGUCCCAGUGGAAUCUCCUUUGAGAGGUUCGAGAAGCUGGUGUCCGAACUGGGCCUCGACAAAGCCAAAGGACCCUUGCCACCUCUCAUCAAGCGAGACAAGCAGAAGGUGGGGCCAGACGCGACCUUGGAUUUGGAAAUGGUUCACGUGCGGCUGCUGCAGCUCGAAGAGCGCUCUGCCCGAGCUGCCAGCGCAAGAGAAUGGGCUGUUGCGAAGAGUGCCAAGGUCAAUGACAAGCUCUUUCGCCAGUACAGGCCGGAGCUCCUGUGGAUCUACGACAUGUUCAAUGCCCACGACGAAGAGCACUCGGGGUUUCUGGAAAUGUUUGAUGUCCGGCGACUGCUGAAGUACAUGGGCUUGGAGCCGUACGAGCGCAGGACAGCGCCACAGGUAGAGGAGUUCCUCAAACAAGUGGACCAGAACCAUGACGAUGAGAUUGAGCUGGUGGAGUUCCUUGAGCUGCUGGGCCACUGUCGCAAGCUCAUGUCCAAACGCCGGAAGUCUGAUCUUCAAAACUUCUUUUUCGACUUGGACCUGGAUGGGAACGAGUGCCUGGGAUAUGACCAGAUUGUGGCAGCGCUUGCUCAGGAGGGCCUACUACGCACGCGGGGCGAGUAUGCAAUGGCACAGAAGCUUUUGGAUGAGGAGUUCGACCUUAGCUCGGUGCUUCGAACCGUCCCCCAAGGCGACGACUCGCCCGCCGCCCGGGAGUCGCUUGUGAAGAGCCCGCCGAGUCCCAGCAUGAGCCCGAGGAGGACCAGGCAGCGGAUGUUUCUGAUGGCCGACGAUCCAGGCCGUGUGGACUUCAAUGGCUUCAGCAUCGUCUACCAGCGGGUUUGGGAGCGGCUUGCCUCGAUCAAGGGUGAGCGUGUCCUGCAGGCCGCAAAGGCUCAGAGCGUCAACAUGACAGAGCUGUCAGACAUCCAGGCCGCUUUUGACACCGCGGAUUGGGACGGCGACGGCCUGCUGUCGCGCGGCGAGGUGCGAGAGGUGCUUCGGAUGUUGCUGGCGCGGCAGCCGGACGAGCAGGUGCUCAGAAGCUUCUUGGGUGAAGACAAAGAAGCCCUCACAGACAUCUUUGAGGUACUCAAGAUGACGAAGGUGCUGGCAGCUGGCACGCCGCUGGUGCAUUUGAGCGCGCCCUUCACUCUGGCAUGGAACGUGCCGUUCAAGAAGCAGCAGGAGCUUUUGCGCGUUUGGCCGAUUUCUGACACUUACAUCCAGAACUUGGAUGCGCACGAGCUCAUGGAGAUGCUGAGCAACUUCCUAGCCGUGAAGCCGGACCAAAACCUGAGGGAGAUGGCCUUUCCCAUCGGCUCCUUCCGGAAGCUCAGGGAGUUUGCGAAGAGGCAAGCCGAGAGGGCUAAGGAGCACACUCGGUUUUGA